GUAGCGAGAAUUUUAGUCUCUACUAAAUCCAAAACAGGGAUUAAUGAAGAAUUCUUGCUCAAAUGUUGAUUCAGAAGUAAGCUCAACGGCUUUCAAUUUCGGUGAUGAUUCCGGCGAGCUUGACGGCAACUUUUUAAACGGUCAAGAGGAAGAGGAAAUUCAAACACCUUGCAGAAAUGUCAAUGGCAUUAAUUAUCCUGACAAAUUGUGUGUCUCAAAGACAUUUCUUGAGGAAAGCAAAGAAAUUGAGGACUUUCUGUCUAAUCACAUUCAAGGAAAACAGAGAGAGGAGCGUGUAAAGGGGAGCCACACCAGAGUCAGCAGAAUUCAAUCACUAGACGAAGAAGUUGUCCAAGAAACAGCCCAAUCUAAAAGCCCACUUGCUAGCAAAAUCAAGGCCCACUCGGCCAAAGGAGAAAGUGAACCGGACUUCCAGGGGAGGUGUGGGCUUAUAACUUCUAAAAGCCCCAUCAAAAGCUUCAAGAUAACAGAAGAAAAGAAAGCAGAAAUACCAAAGCCGGUGACAGGAACGACGCGCGGAAGAAGAAGAGCUUUGCUACAGAUGGUUAGCAUGGGCGGUACAUCACCGAAAGGUUCAAUAACUGACAGUGACAUUGUGUGUAACAACAAAAGGAUCAAGGAAGGCAUGCUACUACAGGAGGCGAGGAAGACUUUGGAGUUCGGGGGCAAUUUAGGGAUCGAGAUCUGCAACAGAGAAGACCAGAUUGUGGAAAGGGGGUUAGGGAGUUCGGUCAAAAGAAAAGAGGUGAGGAGUUUGAUUAGAAAGGAGGAAAUAGAUUUAGCUUGCUUCCAGGAAACAAAAAUGGAAAGAAUUGACAAUGAAUUUUGCAUGUCUAUUUGGGGAAGAGAUAAUUUUGACUGGGUAUAUAAGGCAUCAGUGGGUAGAUCAGGUGGCCUUCUAUGCGUAUGGGACAAUGAGGUUUUUGCAAAAGAAUCAGUUAUGGAAAUUCCAGGCGCAUUAGCUAUAUAUGGAUUUUGGGGAGAGAAGAAGAAGAAGUGCUGCAUUGUAAAUGUCUAUGCGUCAUGUAACAGGAAUGAAAGGCUGGAAACAUGGACAGAGUUAUUGAAGCUGAUUGAGGAAGGAGAAAAUUGCUGGUGCAUUGCCGGAGAUUUUAACAGCGUGAGAUCAGCGGAUGAGAGAAGAGGAAGAUCCGAGCAUCCUAAUUACGGGGAGGACCUCAACGAAUUCAUUGAAAUAGCAGGAUUGGUUGAUUUACCACUAACAAGAAGGAAAUUUACUUGGUACAGGAGUGAUGGGUCAGCAAAGAGUAGGCUGGACAGAUUUCUUUUAUCUGAUGGUAUGAUUAAUUUCUGGGGUGAUUGUUGCCAAAUUGGACUGAAUAGAACGAUAUCUGAUCAUUGCCCAUUGAUGUUAAAGAAGGUCAAUAGCAAUUGGGGCCCAAAACCUUUCAGGACCUUAAAUUGCUGGGACCAACAUCCAGAAUUUGUCAAAAUGGUUGAGGAAAACUGGAAUUCUGCAGGGGUAGAGGGAUGGAAGGGGUAUGUGUGCAAAGAGAAGCUCAAAAGAUUGAGGAACAAACUGAAGAAAUGGAACAGUGAAGCCUUCGGAAGUUUUGAGAAGCAAAUCGCAGAGGCAGCAGCAAAAAUCAAUGAUGUUGACAAUAAGAAUGAGGACGGCGAAUUAACAGAGGAGGAUAUCAUGCUACGAAAGGAAGGCUUUAGUGAAUUAUGGGAAGCAUGGAAAAGAAGAGAAGUGGCAUGGAAACAGAAGACAAAGCUCGACUGGGUAAAGCAAGGAGAUGCUAAUUCCAAGCUAUUCCAUAGAAUUAUGAACAGCAACAGGAGGAGAAAAAUGAUUCGGGGCAUAUACAAAGAUGGAGCCUGGAUAGAGGAACCGAGUGUGGUGAAGCAGGAAGUGCGUGAAUACUUCAACAAAAUCUUUCAAGAAGAGCAGUGGGAUAGACCGAAACUGGGUGGAUUACAGUUCAAGCAGCUAAAUGAAGAAGACAGUGUUUGGCUAGAAAGAGAAGUGCCAGCAGAAGAAGUGAAACAAGCAGUGUGGGAUUGCGGAGGAGACAAAUCUCCUGGUCCUGAUGGAUUCAGCUUCCAUAUUAUCAAAACCAUUUGGAAUGUGAUCGAGAAAGACAUUGUCGAGUUUGUCCAAGAAUUCUUCAGGAACGGCAAACUAGUAAGGGGGAUAAACUCUUCAUUUAUUGUUCUUAUCCCAAAAAAAGAUAAUCCUAUUGAUUUAAAAGACUACAGACCCAUAAGCCUAAUUGGUAGUCUUUAUAAAAUCAUUUCGAAAGUGCUGGCAAAUAGGAUUAAGAAAGUACUACCUAAGCUGAUAAGUGGGACACAAUCAGCAUUUUUGGGAGGAAGACAGAUCACAGAUGGUAUUCUGAUUCUCAAUGAAGUGGUAGAGGAAAUCAGGAGGAAAAAAAUCAGCAGCUUCAUAUUCAAAGCAGACUUCGAAAAGGCAUACGACAGUGUGAAUUGGGAUUUCCUGGAUGAAAUGAUGAGAAGGCUCGGAUUUGGGGAGAAAUGGAGAUUGUGGAUUAAGGAAUGCUUGCAAACAGCUUCAAUAUCAGUGCUUGUUAAUGGAAGCCCAACAGAAGAAUUUAAAAUGGAGAAGGGGUUAAGACAAGCACACACUCCUUUUCUUUCUCCUUCUCUUCCUCCAAAAUACCCUUCUCCUCGGCUCACUCACCGCUGUGAACCUGGGAGCCGGAGCACACUUCCCCCGGAGGUGGCGGUGGAGGAACCUCCUCAGUUUCCUUGUGUCCAGGAAGAUUUUCCUUGAUCUCCUCAACAAUAACUGUGGUGUACUCACCAUGCUUGUCCUCUUCUAUCUUCAAUUUCUUUGUCUUACGCUUGAUCUUCACUUUCAGUCCCUUCUUUUGCUUUUUCUUUUUCUUUGUUGAUCGGUGCUUCUUUUUAUUUUUCUUCUCUUUUCCUUCAUCUUCUUCCUCAUCGCUAGACUGUCAAAUAUAAUUUUAAACACUAG